UUCACACGAUUCUCUCUCAGGAAGAAAAUUAUUUUCACGUUCUACUUUUAGUCCCAACAUGUUGUCUAUGAUCUUGUGCAGCUGCCUAUAACUGCUCUUCGGCAUCUAUCGUCACAGGUAACAACGAAUUUUGUCAGACCCUGUUAGUGAUCGCAUCUUGAGUGUGAGCAGACUGCAGACAUCUUCCAAAACGUGUUGUUAUAAAACGAUUUGCAUAUUGGUUUUCCUCUACCUGGACCUAGUACAAACCACAUUUUGAUCUCCAGCAUGAUCUAACAUCAGCAAUUGAACUAAAGAGACCAGAGAUGCUCGUGCGUAAAAGACCUGUUGGAGAUAGGGUAGCCUACAGAGCGCGCCUCACGUAUCCUCUAACCAUCGUGGAGAGUGAAAGCUUCGAGCGAAUCCAGUUGGGUACUAACUCACUGCAUCGAAUGAUUAAAUGCACAAAAGCGCGUGGAAGUAUUUCUGGGGAUGUGCAUUAAUAAGUUUCGCCCGCUACGCGGUAAGGAUGGAGUCCCAUCCUUUCCAUAAACGGUGCGUAAAAAGAACGAAUGGACACAGAAGUAUAAUCUCAGAAAAAUCGGGAUAAAUUACUUCAGAGGUGGAUCUGUUUUUCGCCGGAGAAGCUUAACAGAUCUUCAACACAAUGGCAUUGUUUAACAGCAGUGAGUGGCUCUGGAAUGACUCCAUUGACCAUUCUCUCAUCCUGGGAAACUCUAGCUUGACACUGGACAAAGAAGCAAAGAGGAAUUACUAUGCCAUGCUGUACUCCCUUCUUAUUCUGGCGAUUGUGUUUGGCAACGUUCUAGUUUGUAUGGCUGUGGUCCGAGAGCGGUCUCUCCAGACCACCACCAACUACCUGGUGGUUAGCUUGGCAGUAGCUGAUCUUCUGGUUGCCUCUCUGGUCAUGCCCUGGGCAGUCUAUUUAGAAGUGGUGGGUGGAGCUUGGCUCUUCAGUCGCUUAUACUGUAAUGUGUUUGUAACCCUGGAUGUGAUGAUGUGCACAGCCAGCAUACUCAACCUGUGUGCCAUCAGCAUUGACAGGUAUACGGCCGUGGUGAUGCCUGUGCUAUACAACACCACCCACAGCUCUCGAAAAAGAGUUUCAGUGAUGAUAGCGACAGUUUGGGUCCUGGCCUUCGCAGUCUCCUGCCCUCUACUGUUUGGAUUCAACACAACAGAUGAUCCUACUGUGUGCUCGAUUUCAAAUCCUGAUUUUGUGAUCUACUCCUCCGUGGUGUCAUUCUACCUGCCCUUCAUAGUGACCCUUUUGGUGUACGUGCGCAUCUACAUCUUCCUCAGAAGGAGAAGGAAGAGAAUUGCCUUCCGUCACGGAAGCUGCAAAGUUCAGCCAGCAUCCAUGCCACUAGUGGAGACGUGUUUACAAGACAUCGUUCAUAAAGAAAAAAGAGAUCUAUCCCCAAUCAAGAUCAACGUGAUAAGUGAAAACACAGAGCAGGUGAAUCGCCCCCGCCUCCUCGGCAGCUGCCUGUGGCGCAAGCGGCCUCAAACCGCCCCUGCCGAGAACUCACUGCUGCCCCCUGUGGUCACGUUGAACUACUGCAGCAUGAGCCAAGCGUCUUUUGCUCGCACCGAUCAAGAUGCAAAUCGUGAGGAAGAGGAGGCCGGUGAGGGGGAACAGGUGAGGUGUGAGGUGCAGAAGUUGUCAAAUGGGUGCACACACACCACCCUGCCUGCAUCGCGACCUGCUCGUGUCAUAGUGUACCCCAGUCAGGUCCGCUGUAGGACUAUGCACUCCAAGGAAAAGAAAGCCACACAGAUGUUGGCCAUCGUUCUAGGGGUCUUUCUUAUUUGCUGGCUGCCGUUCUUUGUGACUCACAUCCUCAACACUCACUGUAGUUCAUGUCAUGUUCCACCUGAGCUCUAUAGCGCCUUUACCUGGUUGGGCUACGUCAACAGUGCUCUCAAUCCAGUCAUCUACACCACCUUCAACAUUGAAUUCCGCAGAGCUUUCAUUAAAAUCCUGAGCUGCUAAAUCUUUAUCCAUGCGCACAAAUGAUGCUCAACGGAUGCAGCUUUCAGACAUCAUGGGUUCUGCUUUGUGGAAUAUUAAUGGACUUGGAUUGUGAGAAUAUUUUCAAUGUGAUUUUACCUUCACUUCAAAGUCCAACACUUGCAGUUGGUGGAUUUUGCGACAUGCUGAGCAAUAGUGUUCACUGAAGUUUGAUUUGAAAGAAUGGACCAAAAUGAAGACCACAAUAAAUCCAGAUUCUGCUUCUUAUGACGAGAAUGUCAAAACAUUCUACAGCAAAACAUAAAACGUUUUCUGGAGCUUAUUCUUCAUCUCGACAUCUUGUUAAAAUUCUCAGGUCAUCACAUGUUUGCAUGUGUCACGCCUUCAAGAGAUUUGUUGGAACCUCCUCGGAUUUAAAGCAGCUAAGAGAAACAAUUCAUAUGGAGAUAAAAGCUAGUCACUUGUCAGAGGGACCAUAAAGCCGGUGGUGAAUAGAAAGAAUGGGUUGUAAAAGAUCCAAGACCGUGACUUAAACGGUUUCUCCCCCAAGGUUGAGUUUGGUGAUCUGAUUGUAUGUUGCCAUCUGGAGAAAAUAGGUGUGUGAUGUAAACUAAAGCUUCACUGCAUCCAUAAAUCAACUUCUGAAACAUAUUCAAAUAAACAUACCUUUCACAAUUUCCUCA